UGGGAUUCCAGGCAUGCGCCAACAUGCCGGCCUAAAAUAUAAUUUUAAAUUCCUUUUGUAGUGAAGGAAAGGGCCCAUGAAUACAAAAAUGUCUUCCCCUUUCUGAGCGCGUUUCCCUCUCUGAGCCUCAGUUUACCCUGUCUGUGAAGUGGGUAUCGUUGCACAUCAGGACGGCGAGAUGUUGAAUGUCUGGGCCAGGGUAGGUGCACAGCUAGUUCCCAGUUGUUUUCGUGAUUAUUAUUUGUUCGGUAAGAACAGCUCUAGGUUCAGGCUGGGGGGCCCAGAGAUCAUCAGGAUGUCGUAUUUUGGGGAGCAUUUUUGGGGCGAGAAAAAUCAUGGCUUUGAGGUCCUGUACCACAACGUGAAGCAGGGGCCCAUCUCCACCAAGGAGCUCGCAGAGUUCAUCCGGGAGAGGGCUACCAUCGAGGAGACCUACUCAAAGGCAAUGGCGAAACUCUCCAAGCUGGCCAGCAACGGGACCCCCGUGGGGACCUUCGCCCCGCUCUGGGAGGUCUUCCGCGUCUCCUCGGACAAGCUGGCGCUGUGCCACCUGGAGCUGACACGGAAGUUGCAAGAUCUCAUCAAGGACGUUCUCCGCUACGGCGAGGAACAGCUCAAGACCCACAAGAAGUGCAAGGAGGAAGUGGUGGGCACCUUGGAUGCUGUGCAGGUGCUCUCGGGGGUCAGCCAGCUCCUGCCCAAGUCCCGCGAGAACUACCUGAACCGUUGCAUGGACCAGGAGCGGCUGCGGAGGGAGAGCACCAGCCAGAAGGAGAUGGACAAGGCAGAGGCUAAAACCAAGAAGGCGGCAGAGAGCCUGCGGCGCUCAGUGGAAAAGUACAACUCAGCCCGAGCUGACUUUGAGCAGAAAAUGCUGGACUCGGCCCUGGUAAGGACUAGGCCUCUUAAAAAUCCUCUGCUGAACCCUACAGCGUGCCUGCCUCCUAAGCCUUCAGUGCUUGCUUGCAUACCCCCAGUGAUGGGGAGCUCACCCCUUAUUCGGCCACCAUUCUGGUGUCUGGGAGGUUCAGGGGUAUGGAUGGUAUCUGCAGUCCUGUCUGGCGCCUUUUCAGCAGCCCCAGGACUUCAGCACCAUCUGGGGUCUCCACAGAAAAGCCUGCCUCCUAGAUUUUGGCUGAGUUCGUGCCCCUGGGAAGGCCUCAGAGGCCCUGGGCAGCAUCUCAGCAGUGCCUCUGUGCAAUCGCUCCCAGACCUGAUGCCUGCACCUGCUGACCCCACAGCCAGGGAGGGCCUGGCAGCCCCACCCAGGAGACUCCGCUCUAGGAAGGUGUCCUGCCCUCUCACACGCAGCAACGGGGACCUGUCCCGUUCCCUGAGCCCCUCCCCACUGGGCUCUUCGGCUCCCAGCACCGGCCCGGAACGGCCCUGCUUCUCAUCCCAGACAGGACACGGAGUCUCCCGGGGUCCGAGCCCUGUGGUCCUGGGCUCCCAGGAUGCCCUGCCGGUAGCCACAGCCUUCACGGAGUAUGUCCACGCCUACUUCCGUGGCCACAGCCCCAGCUGCCUGGCUCGAGUCACUGGGGAGCUGACCAUGACCUUCCCUGCUGGCAUCGUGCGUGUGUUCAGCGGGACCCCGCCCCCGCCUGUCCUCAGCUUCCGGCUUGUACACACGGCUCCUAUAGAGCACUUCCAGCCCAAUGCCGAGCUGCUCUUCAGUGACCCCUCCCAGAGUGACCCUGAGACCAAAGACUUCUGGCUCAACAUGGCAGCUCUGACCGAGGCCCUGCAGCGCCAGGCAGAGCAGAACCCCACCGCCUCCUACUACAACGUAGUGCUGCUGCGGUACCAGUUCUCCCGCCCGGGUCCCCAGUCUGUGCCUCUGCAGCUCAGUGCCCACUGGCAGUGUGGGGCCACCCUCACCCAGGUCUCGGUGGACUAUGGCUACCGGCCCGGUGCCACGGCUGUGCCCACGCCACUCACGAACGUCCAGAUCCUGCUGCCCGUGGGGGAGCCUGUGACCAAUGUCCGCCUGCAGCCAGCCGCCACCUGGAACCUGGAGGAGAAGCGGCUCACAUGGAGGCUUCCAGAUGUGUCUGAGGCAGGGGGCUCUGGCCGCCUCUCUGCCAGCUGGGAACCACUCUCAGGGCCCAGCACACCCAGCCCCGUGGCCGCGCAGUUCACCAGCGAGGGGGCCACCCUGUCGGGCGUGGACUUGGAGCUUGUGGGCAGUGGGUACCGCAUGUCGCUGGUGAAGAGGAGGUUCGCCACAGGGAUGUACCUGGUGAGCUGCUGAAUCCGCAGACGCUGCUCUCCCAGCUCUGCACUGCGCCCUGGUGCUGGUUGACCGCCCCUUGCCCUCCAGCGGGACCCUGGGGCCUCCCACCCCAGCCUUCUUGAGACCCAGACUCCGCGGAGAGGAGCCCCAUGCCCAGCCUGGCUGAGCCUGAGAUUCACUCCUCCCCCUCAUGCCAACCCUACGCAGGUCCUGGCCUUUUAAUGUUCUUUGAAUAAACACUUUAUUUUCUAAUAAAAUAAAAAAGGAAAACUU